UUACGCGUGUUCUCCGAGAUGCUCCUCCGAGAUGCCAGUGUCGGGCGGAAGGCUGACUUCGUGCUCCGGCACCAUUGGCAACUCAUCAUCACCACUUCUUGGUGGUUUUGGUUUCGUCGUCGGCACGACGGGACCUCUGAGCAGGGAAAUGGCAGAAGAAAAAUGCAAGUCUCUCUGCACGGCGUGCCUCAUGGGAGAGCGGGCCUUACUUCAGUCGAAUAUCAGAGAGUGUCGCAUCGCUUGAUGGAGCCAACCGCAGGUAGGACAAUGUCGGAUCGCCACUGCGCCUGCAGACAUCAAUGCAUUGUGUGGGUAGUGACGGCACGCGUAACAGCCACGUGUCUCUCUCUUUCUUACAUGUCAGAGGCGGUGGUGACGGCCAUAUCGCCAACAGAAACCCUGCGCUUGUUACUGCCGCCCAGUGCCAGAAUGGCCUCAGGUAUCUUGGGCAAAACGCUUUGCAGCGACACCUGCCGCUUGGAGUUUCUCGACACCUGCGUCUGCAGCUGCCCCGUGCCUGCCGUGCUAAGGCGGGUGGGCUGGUUGACUGAUGUAGUGCGGCUGGGAUCUUCUGCCUCCUUGCUGCCGCCUUUGCUGAUCUUCUUGCCACCCUUGUCGAAGAGGUCGUUGCUGCGCUUGCUUUCCGUGUGGUCGAGCGUCUUGGACUGCGAUUUGGGGGGGGACUUACUGCCCCCAAGCUGCAGCGCAUGCUUGGCGAACGUGCCCCUACGUAGACAGAGAAAUCAGAAAGCUAUUGCAAAGGGGUGCUGUGCGCCGAGAGUUGGUGACUGACCUAGACGCGCCAGACACGACGCUGCCACGGUCGAACGCACUGCUGCUGUCUCCGUGAAGGCCGCGACGGGAGCCCUGAACAUAGAGAGGAGACACGAUGAUUGGCGCUGACAUUGCGAGGGGGCACGUGUUCUCACUUUGAGUGCUUGCUCUAUGCGUUUGAGGCGAUCCUGGUAGAUGGAUAAGGACCGUACACAAGGACACUGACCACGAUUCAUUAUACACGAACACCAGUGUCUUACGCACGUCGAUGGCGAUGUCGUCGUCAUCUUGCCAGCUCUGUUUCUUGUCGUUCGGCCAAGGCGCAUUGGGGUCUGACACUCAGAGAUAACCAGGGAUUGGUUUCCGUCCCACAAAAUCGAAACAGAAAAACAGACAGGAUUACCUGUCGCCCCAUGGAAUCGCUGUAUGCGAUCCUUGACGAGUUUGUCCUCCUUGUUGGACGGCACCAACACCUGCUUGCCACCAGCCGGUCCGAGAUCCGACUCGUCGAACUCGACUGGCUCAUCGAAAUGCAUGUUGUUAAAAAUCGCUAUGCUGCAUGGACCAGUCAACCCAACACAUCAACACGGUGAGUAAGUGGGCUGAAGUGGCUUACAGCUUCUUUCUGGACAUGGCGGCUUCCGUCUCCACCACCUAGCCAUCAUCUUCAUCGGUCAACGUCAUCAACAUACGCGAGAGACAGUUCGACUUACCACUUUGGCUUUGUCCAAUUUGGCGAAGCCAUCGAUGCGGUGGUACACGAAAUCGUAGCUUGUUGCCAUAAGACCUAUACCCCCGUACACACACGCAUCGUAUUCAGCUGUUCUCUUGAGCAUUCACGCCAAGUGGGCCUUUGGCCGACCGAUGAGGAGGUUCAUCAUCAGGAUGAGUGCGAGUGUGACGUAGACGACGAAGAGCAGCUGCACGAACGGAUCGUUGUGACCCCCGGCGAAGUCAGGCCUCCAAAGGCCCAACAUCAGACUAAGACAGACAGACAGACAGACACAUAGACCACGUGCACACACACUAGAGAGACAGACUCCGCAUAUUGGUACCUGUACAGAGUGAGAACCGCCGCAGGUACUGAGCUGAACUCCUGCAAACACAUGCACACACCGCUCAAAACGACACAUACGGCCACAUUCUCUUCUUUGGGUUACACUGUCGUAGGCGAGGACGAUGUGAAAAGCGCAGGCGAAGGCUAUCAUGAUGAGAACCAUCACGGCUAUGAACUUCAGUAUGUCCUCCAUCAACUUGGCAAUGGCGUGCAGAAAGGCUGACAGGGUCGGAACUGACACACACGGACGCACACACAGGAUAAAGCUUCACAAAUUACAUCUAAGUGGCACUUACUCGCCUUGACGAACUCAAGUAAGAGGAGCCACAUGAGUACGCCUGCGAUGGCGCCCGACAUUCGGAACCAGUAGACUUCACUGUCCGGAUGGAGAGCGUUUUCAAGGCCCAAGUCGUCACUCCCUCGCAGCCUGCACGCACACGUGGUCGGUCGGUCGGUCGGUCGGUCGGUCGGGACGUAUCCUUUCAUCCACCCUGUCUUCCUGUUUGGGUGUGUCGGCAGAGGCACUGACCACGGGUCAUUUGCUAUGGUGACGAAGAUUACUGCAUCAGCCAAAGUACGGCCGGAGUUCCACACAUUUCUGCCGGGAUACCAGCACAUGCGGGAACAGUAAAAUGUGUUGGCUGUGCUUACACCAGCGCUCUCGGGAGACGGAUGCCCAGGAAGGGGCGCGCAAACUCGCCACGCCUGUAUCGACCAUCCAUCCAUCGGUCCAUCUAUCCAUUCGUGGUCGCCAUUACAUCUCUCCCUGUCUCUAUCUGUGUGUGUCUGUGUGUGUUCGCACCUGAUCUGUGCAGCGCAUCUGACGACUAUCUCAGUGAAGUGCACCGCACACAGCAGAUACGAUACGGCGCGGAAUGCAAAGCCCGGCCUGCAGGCAGAAGACACGAAUGGAGAGCCGUGAAAGCGUGGAAUUUGCUAGAAGGAGAGGUGGCCUGUUUCGCUCACGACUCUUGGGUGAUGAUGGUGAAGCCCAACAUGAAGCAUAUGAGGUUGAACAGGUUGGUCAGACGCGACGGGCAAACAUUCGCCACUUCAUUCGCACAGCGUACUGCAGUCACAGGAGUCGCGUAGGCGAAGACAGCAAAGGGCGUUGUGUGGCGUCAAUCACUUGUCCUCUGUGCUCACGUCGAGCACUGGAUGCGUUAAUACGUCGCUGUCACUCAGCUCGACCAAAGUGCCCAGCGGCGAGUUCCACGCGUCCUUGAAAGUUCUGCUGCUCGGAUCGCCCCAAAGUUCCUGGAGGUCAGGCGAUGAUGCAGACAACAAGACAUUGAUUUUGGAAAACCGGCAGCAUUCACCUUGACGCAAUAGUUGACUCUUCGAGCACCCUUGGUCACAUAUCUCGACUGCCACAUCAGCCCAUCCAGCAGCAGCGGCAACAGUUCAGGGGCCUCGCUGCGUACAUGCAAGAAUGCAACAGACAAGAGAGAGUGAUUCGAGAGCUGGUCGACAGAAGGCUCAGCUGGCUUACAAUGAGAGGACGCGGAAGAUGUUCGGGUGCGUCCGAAAGAGUUCCUCACGGCCUGGAGACAUGCGUGCACAGUUGACAACUGUGCCAAGCAGAUGGACACUGUUUUGAGCUGUCUCAACCAUAGUAGUAUUGUUGACGGUCGGCGCGGAUAGCAAGCACAUCUCGAAGCAUGACUCGUGCCAGAGGCAU